AUGGGUCGACGCGGCGCCGGACGCCGCCUGAACGACCAGGAGCGCAUGGAGAUCCUGGAGAUCGUGCAGCGCGAGGCCAAGGUGAAGAACGUGGACCUGGCCAAGCAGUACGGCGUGUCGGAGGGCGCCAUCCGCAAGCUGCGGCAGAUGAAGGACACGGUGCGCAACCGCUACUACAUGGGCAACGAGCAGAACCGCGACAAGCGCAAGCGCGGCGGCUUCAAGCGCAACGCGCCCUUCGAGCAGGAGCUGUACCAGUGGAUCGUGCGCAUGCGCGAGUCGCAGCCCUACCAGCUCGUGCCGCUCACGCAGACGGCCGUGCGCCAGCAGGCCAUCAUCCUGUCCAAGAACUACGAGAAGAUGGCCAACUUCAAGGCCUCGCCCGGCUGGUUCGCGCGCUUCUGCUCGCGGCACAGGCUCGACCCCGUCGUCGUGGACAACGCGGGCGGUGCGCCCACCGGCGACGCGGCCGCCGCCGCUGCUGAUGACGCGGCGGCGCUGGCCACUGCGGGCGUGCCGCAGUCGGUAUCAGUGCCGCCUGCUGUGUCCCUGCCCACUACCACGGCGGCGGACGAGACGGCCUUCCUCAUGGACACACUCACGGCGGCGCCCGUGACGACGUCGCAGGCCAUGGAGAUGGAGGGCAAGACAGACACGCCGUCCAUCAACGAGCAGGCGCAGCUGGCGGCGCGCGAGCACAACGAGGCGGCUCUGCGCGCGGCCGCCGCCAAGAUCGGCGAGGCCCAGGCCGCUGCAGCAGCGGCGGAGGCACGAGAAGCUGCGGAGGCGCACGACGAAGCCGCUGCCGACGCCGCCGCUGUCGCUGUCGGCGAAGACGAGAUCUUCAGCCUCGGACUAUAG